GCGAGAGAGGAAUGGCCGAGUUCGCCUUAUUUUAAGCAUUGUCUUCCGUCCUUUUUAAUAGUUCUUGAUUAUCUUCCCUUAAUCCCAAUAGAUUAGAAAAUCAAAUUAAGUGAUAUUGUAUCUUAUCGAUUCUGUUUCGUUGUGCUGUAUGAGAGAACAAAAGUUCGCUUAACGUUCAUCCUUUAACCUUCAGAGAAGAAAGUUACAUGUGUACAGGAAAAAACAUUAAAUGUCACAGAUUCUCAGUAAAUAUCUCAGAGACCAUCCCUUCCAUGACGUCAACACCUUCGCUUAGCUGUCUCCCUAUAUAAAUUCUCUCCAUGCAAACAUCCCAUUAAAAUAGAAAUAAAAGAAAAACAAAUACCCACAAAAAAAAUCAAUAUUUUCUGGGUUUUGUUAUCUAUUUAAACUCAAGAAUAGGUAGAGAGCCUCUUCUUCCUCCAAGUCAUCAUCCAUGGCUUCUUGUUCUUCUGAUCAGUCUCUUUCCAAUCAAACCUCGUCUUUCCUGACGUCUUCCAUGCUUUCCCGCACGUCAUCUUCUUCCUCCGCCGUGGGAGACUACCUCGGGACAGAGAGCUGCUUCGACGUCCUCUCCGCCGACGAAGAAAACGACUUUGUCUCCUCCUCCUCCGAGUCUAUGAGCCGUUAUCGUUACGGAGGAAGAAGGAGAAAGGAAAGAGAAGCUGGAGCUGCGGCGGCGGCGCGUGAGUUUCCUCCGCCGAUACCGUUGCUUGCUCAGACGGAGAAUCUUCUCCCGCACAUGCCGUGGGUUCUCAAGCGUGUGGUGACGAGUGACGGGAGGCUUAUCCUGAGAGAAGAGAAGGUUCGUCAUCACGACUACUUCCGUGCGCAUAGAUCCAAUGGCCGUCUCACUCUCCACCUUGUUCCUUUGGACGGUGACGUUUUUGAACUUCCUCAAGAGCCCUCUCAUUACCAAUCUGAUGAUGAUAAUGAUUAUGAUCACGAGGAUGAUGAGAAUGAGUGUGAUGAUCAUCAUCACGAUGUGGGAGAUGAUUUGGAUGAUCUGGCCGAUAAUGUUGAUAAAAGUAUCACUAUUACUGCCCCUGAAGAUGAAGAUGGUGUUAUCCAUAAUUUUGAUAAUGAUAAGGGCAAUGUGCAUGGUGGUAGUGAAGAUGGAUACAAGAAAGCUAUAGUAGCAGCGGUGGCGGAUGAGACGGUGGUGGAGAGCGGAGGAGGAGGAUCGCCGAGAGGAAAGUGUUUGAGGUCUUGUUUUGUUGGUAUGAUAGUUCGAGAGAUCAGGCCAGUUCUUAGUUGAUUGUUAUUGUUAAUUAGUAUUCCUAAUAAGCUUUCUUCAUUUCUUUGUGGAAAACAAAUACUCAAAUAUUACUAUCGCUGAGAGUUUAGACAAGUAUUACCGGCUUAAUUUAUA